AGGGACGUUUUCCGUUUUUCAAUCAUCUCGAUGGAACAUUGUGGAUAAAGGUCAAAUUGAGUACAGUGGUAUAUCCCAUCCCUGCAUUGAGGAACGUUUUCUGACGCAUUUCUCGUGCCAGCUCCAAUGUGUCUUAAUGUAACCAUGAUUGCGUUCCGUUCACAGUGCAGCUCAGGGUAAACAAGCAUAACGAAUGACUGAUUGGGUUGGAUAUGGGUAUGCAGCACUCAUUGCAUCCGGAGGAGUGAUGGGCUAUGUCAAAGCACGCAGUGUCCCCUCCUUGGCGGCAGGUCUUCUCUUCGGCAGCUUAGCUGGGGUUGGUGCCUACCAGAUAUCGCAAGAUCCUACAAAUAUUUGGGUGUCUCUAGUCACAUCAGGAGCCCUGGCAGGUGUGAUGGGAAAGAGAUUCUAUGGUUCCAGGAAGAUGAUGCCUGCUGGAAUGAUGGCAGCAGCAAGUCUACUUAUGGUGGGGAAGCUGGGUGUUGGAAUGCUGCUGGCGAAGCCCCAGGAGUCAUAAUGCACUGAAAUGAAGAAGACGUUCACAGACACAGAUGUCAAAAUCACUAUCCUCUCGUGCUUUUCUACGGUCUUAUAUCGUUCACCAAGAAUAUCAGUCAGAUAUGUGAAUGUUAUUUUGGAAAAAUGUAUAAUUGAACACUGAUUUAUGAAAUAACAAGGACUGUCAUGUGUUUUUGUUCAUAUUGUAAUGCAGAUUUGUCAUUACGUUACAAGAGAUAAAUGAACCGUGAAGUUGCGUAUAAGGUUUA